ACAUUGUAAGUGUAGUGGAAAAAUGUCGCAGGAAUGUUUCAACCCUUUGGCAAUAAUUUAAGCUGCGCACUUACCAAACCAAAUUGAAUUAGAGGCUCCGGCGAAUGCAUCCAUUUUAAAGCUUAAAUCAUAAACAGAAGCGAAUGCUGCUUAAAAUUUCAUUACGCGCACUUAAGCGGUGUGAUUUUCGGCACACCCUUCUCUGGGGGAACCCCCUUUAACCAUCGACAACAACCAGUGUUGCAAAAGCUCGUAAAAUCCCCACUAGCUGCAGUAGCUGGAUGGCAGCACCGCAGUGGUGACACAUUCACAUCCGCGACCACGUCCUCGUCCACAUCCACUGCAAUGCAGCUGGCGAAAUGUCAUCAGCGCCUGGAUUUUAUGGCGGCGGCAAAAGGAGAAUGUAUCUAAGCUGCAGUCUCGUUCCUGGUUUCGCUGGUCCCUGUUUUCCGGCUCCUAAAUUCGGCUGAAGCGUUAAACUUUUAUGGCUGCCGCAGCGCGUGGAGAAGAAGAAACGUCGUAGUCGUCGUAAAUAAAUUUCUGGCCGUAAUUAAUUUUGCAUGCCAGUCAGAUAGUCAGAUAGUUAGCUAGCUGCUUCUCAAGUCGCAUUUUCGCGCUGUUUUGAAAAGUAUGGACACUGACAGCAGAAGGAAAAAAUUUGGCCGUCAAACUUACGGAUCCCUUGUGAUAUUUAUGGGCUUAGCUGUCUCUCAAUGGAUUCUGGUCUGCCUGGUGGAAAGUGGUCGUAGAAUAUUCCGUGACUUUGAGGUGAUUUGCUCGGCCACCUUUGUUCUGGCUGGCUUAUGUUUCACAGUUUUUUGUUUUAACCAAGGUGUUCGCAACCACAGGGUCUAUAGCUGGGUUGUAGCGUUUGUGAUAGUGGAACUGGAGAUAUUUUCGAUGUAUGUGCUAGCAGCUCGUACUUGGGUUCCAGAUCUGCUGGCCUUCUUCUUUUUCUGCACUCUCCUGAUGAUAGUUGCCCUGGUCGUUGGAUGUCAUCUUUCGUUUUCGAUGGACUUAACUCGCUACAUAGCUCCGCUUUUUAUCUUGAGCUUUGUAUUGGCCAUGAUGUCCACAUAUUUUCUGUUGGCCCAUUUGUUUUUGCCAAAGCUGAUGCCUUAUGCCUAUCUCACAUUUGAGCUUGGCCUAACCUUUGUAAUGACAUCGAUGAUCAUGCUGCAUGCUCAAACAAUUAAUGGAGAUCGGUAUAUCCAGAUGAGGCUGAAGGAUUUCAUCUUGGCCGCUUUGCUGGUCUUCCACGAAUUUCUGCUCACCUACGCACUCACAUUCUACUGGCAGAUUCAUUAUAGCUACUUUACAUCAGCUGACUUCUUCUGGAUGUCGACUAGUACCCCAAAUACACGAGGAACAACACCCGAAUAUCCGGAGUAUGGUGAUUACGACAAAAACACAUCUGACGAUGACUGGUCGCCUAAAAAUGAAACCGAUUAUGAUUGGUUACUAGAUAAUUGGGAUACUAUAGCUGCAGAAAGUUUAGUAAAGUAGAACCGCGUGACGUGCUGCUGUUAAAGAUUUUAAAUAUAUUGCAUUUCGGUUAUAGAAUAAAUCGUCGAACAU